AUGACGUACCGCAGCCACAUGGUGGGCCCGUCGCGGGCCUUUGACCACAUCUACGACCCACUGUAUGUGGCCUCCGACCGGAAGGACGUGUGCCGUGCGAACCACGCUGCCCUCGCGCGCUCUGCCCCGAUCGGAAUCUUCCCGGUGUACCAGUCGAUGUUUAGCGAGUUGCCACGGUUGACGCGCAACCACUACGUCAUGCACCGCAACCCGUUACCGUACUUCCCGGAAGUGCACGUGUCCCCUCUGCGGCUUCACCAUCCGGGAGUUGGUGGUUCCGAUACCUCGAAAGUGCUCGGUGCCGAGAGACCCAAGUUCUUCUGUCACCCGAAUGUCGGCGAAACGGGUUGCAACGUCCGGUACGUGGCCGAUAGUGUGGAAGAAGAGUACUGCGGGUGCGAUGGCUACGAUCAGGAGGGUCAGGAUCAGCCCCGUUUUAAGGAGGUAGCCUCGCAGACGAUGUACCGCGAAUCGUCGGCCCAAACGCAACCCUGGAUGCCGACGGCCGUGCUGAAGGAGAACGUAAUGCCGGCGGCCGAGAUCGUGUACGUAGCGGAGAUGCUGCAGCAUACGCGCUAUCCGGGUGUGAACGAGGUCGAGAUCGUGGAGCGGGCUCGACGCAAACGGACCUGGGAGUAUGCGCUCGGGAGUUGCGACUCGGUCGACGAAUGGCGCCAGCAGAAGCUGAUGUUGCAGAUCUUCGAGUGGGAAGAGUGGGUCGCCCGCGAGCGGCAGAUUGACCGCUACCAGCUGCUGCGCUGCGUCUAUCUGUUUCAGGUGUAA